CUGUUCCACUCAGCUUCUUCCUAACUGAGGAGGAAGAAGCUCUCAGUUCAGAGUUUUGACCUGUGUUUUUUUUUUUACCCUGGAGUUUUGCUGACUAUUGUGCAGCUGAACUCAUUUGGAGAGUGCUGCUGCUAGUUCAUUCUCUUCCUUCCAGAUAUUUUCAGGUGCAACCUGUGAUCUUUGGGCUUCCAUUGGUCACAAUUGUCAACACUUACCAUGAAGCCUGUGUCAGGGAGAAAGUCCCCAGUUCUGUAUCUCUUUGGGAUUCUGACCGUGCUCCUCUGCCUUGAUGGCUUACAAGGUUGUAGUUCACCACCUGAAAUUAAACAUGGACGCUUUACAUAUAUCGAAAAAGGAAUAUUGAGAACUGAUGUGGUUGAGUAUGAAUGUCAGGAAGGAUAUACUCUUGUUGGAGAGGCUAGAAUCUCCUGCUCAUUUUUAAAUUGGUCACCAAUGGCUCCUGAGUGUAAAGCUCUAUGCCAAAAACCAGAAAUAUCCAAUGGAAAGCUGUCUGUGGAGAAGGAUCAGUAUGUCACCCCUGAAACUGUCACUGUCAGGUGUGACCCUGGCUAUAGGAUGGUUGGUUCCCAGAACAUCUUUUGCUCAGAGAACAAAUUUUGGAGUCCGGAUGUGCCCAAGUGUGAGAAGGUAGGUGAUGAAGUUUGUGAGGCAGUCUUGAAAGGCCAAAAACUCCUAAAGUGUCUCCCGAAUACCUGGGAGGCGAAGCUGGCCCUGGAGUUACGUAAAUUGUCUCUGGAGAUUGAAAAACUGGAGCAAGAAAGACGCAAAGAGGAAAUUGCUUGAGGCUUUCUCUUGGAUACAUGCUCAGGAAAGAAGCUGCAGUAUCAAUAUACUUCGCUGUGCAGGAGAGUUCUCGCCACACUCACACAAAAUACAGUAUUUUGUACCCUACUAACUUCUACAGUUGUGACCUUCUUAUUCUUUGAUUGGCUGUAGGAUCUAUAGUGAUGCUUAUUCCUGAUGCUGAUAACUCAUAUCUUCUCUCUUUUUGCUUCCUGACCAGUCUGCCUUGGAUAUACCAAUUUUAUUGAUAAAUGUUUUAUGGCUUAGAAUGUGGCACUUGCUCAAUAUUCCAUGUAUUCUUGUAAAGACUGUGUGUUUUGCUGCUGAGUGGCACUCCCUAUAAAUGUCAGUUAGAUGGCUCCAGUCUUCUCUGUCCUGGCUGAUUUUCAGUCUAUUUGUUCUAUCAAUGAUUGGAAGAAGGGCUAUCAAAAUUCUCUUUGUAGGUUUGUCUGUUAUUUCCUGCAGCUUUUAGUUUUUGCUUCAUAUAUUUUGAAGUACUAUUAUUAGGGGCAUUAAUGUUUAGAAUUUGUAUCUUCUUGAUAACUGACCCUUUUUCAUUAUGUAAUAAACUUCUUUAUCUUUCAUAA